AUGGGGGGUUUUGCAUUGGGUUCUGCCUUCGAUUCCAAAUCUGGACAGAUAAUAAUGGCUGCUUUGCUUUUGAUGAUUGUAUCCUUCUAUGUUGGCACGCUUUUUGGCAACAAUGCUCCCCUUUACGUCUCUCAGCUUGCUUCUCAUUCUUCUUCUUCUUCUUCUCCCAACAAUGUCUCCUCUAACGGUACUGCCAAAUUUACUAACCAAGUUGCUCUGACUUAUCGGAAAACCCCACUUGUAAUUCCAGAAACAGGGGUGGAUGUGUGCCCUUUGACGUUCAAUGAAUAUAUUCCCUGUCAUGAUAUUUCCUAUGUGGCAACUUUGGCCCCAAGUCUUGAUUUAUCUAGAAAAGAAGAACUUGAGAGACAUUGUCCUCCUCUUGAAAAGCGCUUAUUCUGCUUGGUUCCUCCGCCAAAGGAUUAUAAGAUACCUAUCAAAUGGCCUCUUAGCAGGGAUUAUGUUUGGCGAAGUAAUGUGAAUCACACACAUCUUGCAGAAGUCAAAGGAGGCCAAAAUUGGGUCCAUGAGAAGGAUCAGCUCUGGUGGUUUCCUGGUGGUGGUACCCAUUUCAAGCAUGGGGCCUCUGAGUACAUAGAGAGGUUAGGACAUAUGAUUACCAAUGAGGCUGGUGAUCUGCGUUCUGCUGGGGUAGUUCAAGUUCUGGAUGUUGGCUGUGGUGUGGCCAGUUUUUCAGCAUAUCUUCUGCCCUUGGAUAUACGAACAAUGUCUUUUGCCCCCAAGGAUGGUCACGAAAAUCAGAUUCAAUUUGCAUUAGAACGAGGGAUUGGUGCAAUGAUCUCUGCCUUGUCCACAAAACAACUACCAUAUCCUAGUGAGUCAUUUGAAAUGAUUCACUGUUCACGAUGCAGAGUAGACUUUCAUGCAAAUGAUGGCAUUUUACUGCAUGAGUUGAACCGUCUUCUUCGCUUUAAUGGGUACUUUGUUUAUUCAGCUCCCCCAGCUUAUAAGAAAGAUAAAGAGUAUCCUGUCAUUUGGGAUAAAUUGAUGAAUUUGACUACAGCAAUUUGUUGGAGACUCAUCGCUCGAAAAGUUCAGACAGCAAUAUGGAUUAAAGAAAAUAACCAGUCAUGCCUUUUGCACAAUGCAGAACAAAAGCUUAUGAACCUCUGUGAACCUGCUGAUGAUUCUAAAACUUCAUGGAAUACCCAGCUUAAGAAUUGUGUACAAGUAAGAAAUUCCAAAACAGAUGCUUACAAGCUUCCUCCUAGUCACGAGCGCCAUUCAGUGUUUUCUGACAACCUUAACAUGAUAGGUAUAAAUCAGAAUGAAUUUACUUCAGAUACUCUCUUCUGGAAAGAACAAAUUGGUCAUUACUGGAGACUGAUGAAUGUCAAGGAGACCGAAAUACGCAAUGUGAUGGAUAUGAAUGCCUAUUGUGGUGGAUUUGCUGUGGCACUAAAUAAUUUUCCUGUUUGGGUAAUGAAUGUAGUUCCUGCAAGCAUGAACAACACCUUAUCUGGAAUUUAUGACCGAGGACUGAUUGGAACUUUUCAUGAUUGGUGUGAAUCAAUUUCGAGUUACCCUCGGACAUAUGAUCUUUUGCAUGCCAACUAUCUCUUCUCCCACUACAAAACAAAAGGGGAAGGUUGUUUAUUGGAGGACAUCAUGCUGGAGAUGGAUCGACUUAUACGGCCACUGGGAUUUGUUAUCAUUAGGGACGAGGAAGAUAUUACCUCAAGAAUCCAAGAGGUAGCCCCAAAAUUCCUGUGGGAUGUAGAAUCAAAAUUGUUAGAGAACAAAGAAAAGAAAAUGGAAACUACCAAGGAGGAGGAGUAG